GCCCGGGGACCCGGCAUGGCACUGCGGAGGGGCGGCGGCGGGGCGCUGGGGCUGCUGCUCUUGCUGGGCGCCGCGUGCCUGAUCCCGCGGAGCGCGCAGGUGAGGCGGCUGGCGCGCUGUCCCGCCACUUGCAGCUGUACCAAGGAGUCCAUCAUCUGCGUGGGCUCCUCCUGGGUGCCCAGGAUCGUGCCGGGCGACAUCAGCUCCCUGAGCCUGGUAAAUGGGACAUUUUCGGAAAUCAAGGACCGAAUGUUUUCACAUCUGCCUUCCUUGCAGCUGCUACUGCUGAAUUCUAACUCAUUUACAGUCAUCCGGGAUGAUGCUUUUGCUGGACUUUUUCAUCUUGAAUACCUGUUCAUUGAAGGGAACAAAAUAGAAACCAUUUCAAGAAAUGCCUUUCGUGGCCUCCGUGACCUCACUCACCUUUCUUUGGCCAAUAACCACAUAAAAGCACUCCCAAGGGAUGUCUUCAGUGAUUUAGACUCUCUGAUUGAACUAGAUUUACGGGGCAAUAAAUUUGAAUGUGACUGCAAAGCCAAGUGGCUGUAUCUGUGGUUGAAGAUGACAAAUUCUACCGUUUCUGAUGUGCUGUGUAUCGGACCACCAGAGUAUCAGGAAAAGAAGCUAAACGAUGUGCCGAGCUUUGACUACGAAUGCACAACUACAGAUUUUGUUGUUCAUCAGACUUUGCCCUACCAGUCAGUUUCGGUGGAUACUUUCAACUCCAAGAAUGAUGUGUACGUGGCCAUCGCUCAGCCCAGCAUGGAGAACUGCAUGGUGCUGGAGUGGGACCACAUCGAAAUGAAUUUCCGGAGCUAUGACAAUAUUACAGGUCAGUCCGUCGUGGGCUGUAAGGCCAUCCUCAUCGACGACCAGGUUUUCGUGGUGGUGGCCCAGCUCUUUGGGGGCUCUCACAUUUACAAAUACGACGAGAGCUGGACCAAGUUUGUCAAAUUCCAAGACAUAGAAGUCUCUCGCAUUUCCAAGCCCAACGACAUUGAGCUGUUUCAGAUCGAGGACGAGACGUUCUUCGUCAUCGCGGACAGCUCUAAAGCUGGCCUGUCAACAGUUUACAAAUGGAACAGCAAAGGAUUCUACUCAUACCAGUCUCUGCACGAGUGGUUCAGGGACACGGAUGCAGAGUUCGUUGAUAUAGAUGGGAAAUCGCAUCUGAUCCUGUCUAGCCGCUCCCAGGUGCCCAUUGUCCUCCAGUGGAGUAAAAGCUCUAAGAAGUUUGUCCCCCACAGUGACAUCCCCCACAUGGAGGACGUGCUGGCUGUGAAGAGCUUCAGAAUGCAGAAUGCCCUCUACCUCUCCCUCACCCGCUUCAUUGGGGACUCCAGGGUCAUGCGGUGGGAUAGUAAGCAGUUUGUAGAGGUCCAGGCACUUCCAUCCCGGGGGGCCAUGACCCUACAGCCCUUUUCUUUUAAAGAUAAUCACUACCUGGCCCUGGGGAGUGACUACACGUUCUCCCAGAUAUAUCAGUGGGAUAAAGAGAAGCAGCUGUUUAAAAAAUUUAAGGAGAUUUAUGUGCAGGCGCCUCGUUCCUUCACAGCUGUCUCCACUGACAGGAGAGAUUUCUUCUUUGCAUCGAGUUUCAAAGGGAAAACAAAGAUUUUUGAACACAUAGUCGUUGACUUAAGUUUGUGAAGGUGUGCUUGGUGAAUUUAAAAGACACAUAGUGCUAGCUCUCAUGUGAGAGAACCAAGGAAAGAAUAUAAAGAGAAGCCAAGUUCAGAGCCCUGAAGUUUAAAAUGCUCUAGGGAAAUAGUUAAAGUUGUCAAAAUUUUAGAGCUCACAUUUUAAUCAGGGAUUGCAUUUAUUGGCUAACUGCAUGACAUGUCUGUUCUCCCAUUUAAAAAGACAUCUUGAAGCCUGUAAUUACUGAGAAAAGAGUACAGUAUUAACUCUGACCAUCUAGGAAAGUAAUGUGCUUUUUUUUUUUUUAAUGAGGAAGGAGAAAAUCAGACAAGGUGGGAUAGCUCCUAUUGUGAAAAACAAACUAUGGGUCCCUCAUUCCAUUUUAGCAAUCUUUUUGGUAAAAACACUUAAAGCAAAGUCAGCUGAAAAGAUGCUGAUUAGUUUAAAAAGCUGGUAACACUCGGCAGUGCUAUUUGGGGUCUCUUGAAUCCCCCUUAAUACAGAAACUUGGCUAUUUCAUUGGUUCACCUGGAUGUUUGUCACAGGGUAUCACAAAAUCAUGUUUGACAUUGCUUCCUGUGCCACAAAGAAAGUGCUCUGCUGACACAUGGCUGGGCCCAGCAUGGGCUGUAGGUCCAGGACUGAGAUAAAGGCAUUUUCCCCUCUUCCUUCUGGUUCAAAGCUGACCCUUGUGGUGGCCAGAGCAAUAUUGCUUGUUUGAUGCCCCCCAUGACUCGCCUGCCUCUCUGAACCCAUCCUUUGAGUUUGUGAGUAACCAGCAGACAGGCCAAAGACUGAAUGGUGCUUUCUAGUUCAUCCUUUAGAGCAAAAGAACAGGUGUCUCCAUCUGAUGAGCAUUUGGUAGAAUUCCUGAAGGUUUUGCAGAGUCAAAAGUACUUUAUGCAAGUCUCAGAGUACCUUAAAACCUAGAUAAGGCUCUUUGAUUUAUUCAUGUGUUUGCCCUCUGGGCAAGUUGAUGUUUCUAGUAAUUGAGCACCGACCUACCUAUGUGUCCCCCUCUCUGCUCAUAUGACAGUCCUGCUUUGUUGAUUUGCUGGUAUUGCUGCUGCAGCACCAAAUUGUUGAACCCAGGGUACCAAAGAGAGCAAUGCUCCUUCCCCUCCAGUACUUCAGUAAUGGAAAACCCCAGGGGCCUGCAUGCUCGCCUGGGGCCACAUAUUGGCAGGGGGGCUGGGGUGGUUCAUCACAGGCUGGAGGUCUCAGGUUGAGCAGUAGGGACCAGCUUUGGAGCCAGACACAGUGAAACCUCCAGACCAGGUCUGCCCUCAGGGUCCCAGACGGCCUGUUUCAAAAUGAGCCUUUGGUGUGGAGCAUCAGGAAGCUCGUGGGUUCUGGCUGGUGGGAAGGUCCAGAUGGGUGCUUUGCCCGGUUAGCCGGUUCUUCAGAGAAAACGAAGUGGAUGUCAGGAGAGGCUCUGAACGAGUAAGCCAACAACUUCGCUUGUAGCCACGCAGGUAGCGCAAUCACAUUGUACUGUAUUCUUAUUUCUUAAUGGUUGUUUGCCAAGUCAUGAGUAGGCAGAUGUUUCACCACAGAUAAGAAUGUGUUGUUGUUUCUUGACUUUAAGCGAUGCAGAUGGAGGCAAUAAACAACAGCGAUGUCACAA